CAUUUUAGUAAGGUAAAGAAAAUGGAAGGGCUGUGCUAGUUGGAUAGCUGAGCGAUUGUAAACGUAACGGGAAAAUUAUAAUUUACACCUCAGGUAUGAAUUCCAUGGCUGUAUGCGAGCUGGCAGCAAUUAAUACUUAAGUUGGAAUUGUCGUAGACAAUUGGCUUUGCAGCGUAUUGUAGCUAUUACCGGAUAAUGAAGCAGCUAAUUUUAGCGGUUAGCUCCGUGAGCUACAGAGAACAAUGUCGGCCGCCAGUAGAAACAGGAGUCCUGCUGCCUUCCUUUAUGGAGUAACUUGCGGAGGACGUUUCAUUUCUGCGGUUUCACAGUCGACUGGUAGUAAAAUUAGUAAGGCCUGCUGUUUCGUUUCUGUUUUAAUAACGAAUGUUAGUUAAAUUUAAACCAUAGGGACACGGUGGACUUCGCACCUGCAUAUUGCUAGGUAUAUAAAGAGAAGUGGAAUGACGCUUUUCACGUCUUGAAGAAGCUUGGCUUUGGCAGUCAUCUGCAUGUAGGUUUUAGAGCAUUGCGACCUGUGGAAAUCGGCAUGGAGCCAGUGGAAAAUAAAAAUGUCACUGAUGGUGGUAGUAACUCAGAGGAACAGCAGAGCCAGUCAGAAGACGCUGAGACAAGUGUUAGACCAACUUUGUCACAGGUUAGAAAGUCCUGGGGGUUCAGACGGACAACCAUUGCAAGGAGGGAAUUUAUGGAUGAAGUCGGAGACCUAUCCCGCAGUCCUCCAAUUGUUCGUCGGGGCAGAGGUCGUAGAACCAACCAGACACCCCAAACCGCUACAGAGACCUCUUCUACAGAGAAACCUGCUCGAACAGCUAGGAGUGUUUUAGAUGAGCUCCAGUGGUCUGCGCCGUCCUCACCUGUCUCAGAGGAUAGCAAGCCAGCCUCAGAAGCUUCUGCUGGAGCGAGUCUGGAUCCCAGCUUAUGGCAGGAUUUUGGGUCUGCCUUCCAUACAGCCUUCUCAUUGCUAGGGGGGAUGAGAGCCUGUCAAUGACAAUGUCAGAUGCACUGGCAGUGCCUGACAUUUUAGAAGCCACUGAUGCUAUUAAAAUCCCUGAUCCACAGGCUAUAGACAAAACUGAGGUGCCGGAUAAUGUGGGUGACAUGGAGAUGAAUCCCCCGGUUACUUCUGAAAAUGUGGCCGGGAUGGAGAUUAAUGAUGUGAUUUUCAUCUCUAGUCAAGGAGAAGACAGUGAUGAUAUGACUCUGAUACAAAUUAAGGAGCAGCUGACUGCUAAUGGCAGGCAGGGAGACACAAAGGCAAGAGGUGGGAGAGGUGGCAGAGGAAGGGCCAGAGGAAGAGGGAGAGGCAGAGGAAGAGGUAGGGGAAGGGGUAGAGGCAGGGGCAGAGGGAGGGGCAGGGCAGCGGAACUUCGGUCAAGCAUUGCAAAUGAUGAGGACGAUGAUGACGUGAUGCUUGUUAAUCCAACUGAGCAGCAGCAUUUACAGGAAGCAGAAAAAGAAAAUUAUCCACACAACCCUCCUGAAAUACUCGCAUCACCUGCUCACUCUGUUAUUGCCCUAAGUCCUGCUCAACUAUCAAGCUUGGACUGCAUAAUCAUAGACAAUGAUUUAGACCAAAUUACUGAUGGAAUUCCUGGACAAUAUGAUGAUGCGCCAGAGGGGGAGGUGGAGACAAAAGAUGCUAUGAGUACAGGAGAACAUUCAAGCAUAUCAAAUACUGAGGGAUUCGACUCCAAUUCUUUGUGCUGCAUCUGCCGACAGAAGCAAGACAAGAGGUUCAUGAUCUGCUGUGACAGUUGCCAGGAGUGGUUCCAUGGUGACUGCGUUGGCAUCAAUGAGACACAGGACCAUCAGAUGGAGAGGAACAGGCAAGAGUACACUUGCCCUCCCUGCAGUAUGAAGAAGCUGACCCAACUCCAAUCUGAGUCCCACUCUCAGCCAGAACCUGAAUACAGCUCUCCCGAAUGCUUGACAUCAGUUCCUCCUAGUGAUGAAGGGUUGGUUCAAGAGGAGCAGCGAGCAGAAAAGAUGAGAAUCUGUUCUCAGGAGAGUGCAUUGAUGGAUGACAAAGAGGAGAAGGAGGAGGAGAUUCCUGAGAUAAGGCCAGAACCUGAACCUGAAGUUGAGACGGAGACUGACAGCUCUUUUCCUCUGUGCAUUGGUCCUGGCUGCUCCAAACAAGCGUUACCAGAUUCUGUUUACUGUGGCACUGACUGCAUCCUUCAGCAUGCUGCUUUCACUAUGAAGACACUCUCUGGCCCAAAGGUUCUGAAGUCAAAAGGAUGGGCCCAGAGAAAAGGUGCCCCAGCCAGACCUGCUGCAAAAGUGCAGAGGCCAGGUCGGGCAUCAAAGAGGUUGGCAGAAAAAGCUGAGGAGAAAGAUGAAGCAGCGGAAAGAAGGGAGGAUGAUGGAGAACAGGAGGCAGCUGCAUCUCCCACAGCCUUUGACAACAGUCUCACAGAAGUACAGGCCACUUCCAUACCAUCAUCUAAGUUUUACACAGCGUCUAAUGAUGACAGUAAACAGGAAGAGGCUGACAGUGAGGUUGCAUCUCCUUCAACACAAUGUCCAGAGGAACCACCAACAGAUAUGGCUCUCCUUUCCCAGCCUGCAACCAAAGCAGACCCACCACAGAGCCACUCUCAAGAAAAAGCGAAGGAACCGGUUAAUAGCAGUGUGCCAAAACAUGAAACUGAAGAGUCAGGCCCCUCCAUGCCAUGCACCACCUCAAAAUCUAGUCCGACCACACAAUCCCCAAACACCUCAGCACUCAGACAUCACCAGACUGGGGCCCUUAUGGUCACUAAGACCACAUACGUCAUACCAAAGAAGCAGUCUGGAUCUCAGUCUCCAUCCAGCCACAUACCAGCCACAGCAUCAUCCCAGAAGCCUUCCUCAGCUCCCAUAAUGCUGAAUGAAACCCGAAAUCUGCCUGUCUCUCCUGCACCCAGUGCACCUUCCUCCAGACCCUCUCAGCCCAAUACCCAGGUCAGACAGAGCAUCCAGCGCUCUCUCAGCAGCAUCCUGUUCAAAAGGGUGUGUGAUUGUGAGGAUUUGGAGAUGUCUGAGAGUGAAGUUGCAAAGCUUGUCGCAAACAUAGAGAUGGAGAUGUUCGACAUAUUUCGCAACACAGACAGCAAAUACAUGAACAAGUACAGAACUAUAAUGUUCAACCUGAAAGACCCAAGAAACAAGGGCUUAUUGUAUCGGGUUGUACAUGGAGAAAUUGGUCCCUUCAGGCUGGUCAGGAUGACCCAGAAGGACAUGCAGGCUACUAAAGCACCUGAGCCAAAGGCAAAAGAAACAACUGAGGUUAAGGAUGUAGCUUCUAUAGCCACAUGUUUGCAGAAGCCUGAAGUAGUGAAGGUUGAUUUGCCCAGUUUGAAUCCAACCAGGCCUGACAGAAGACCUGAUGGCACGGAACAGAAGAGACGUCUUCCUGCUCCUGCUCCUGCUCCUGCUCCUGCUCCUGCUCCUGCUCCUGCUCCUGCUCCUGCUCUCAAGACCAGAGCAAGCCAACCAAACCAGACCAGUGCUGUGCCAGAUAUCCUUGCCUGCAUGCUUAAAGACACAACGUCAGAGCACAAAACUCAUAUCUUUGACCUGAAAUGCAAGAUUUGCACAGGCCAGCUACAACUUGUGGAAGAUGGGGAACCAGCAAAGAAAAAACCCAAAGUAUCUGUAUCAAGAGACAAACAUGGGCCAUCUUGGAGAAAGCCGGCAGGAGAUGAUUCCCCUCUGCGAGCACCACCUGACUCACCUGACAUGGAAUCUCCAGCAUCUUCUGUUUUGGAACCUUCAUCCCACUUCAUUAUUGACCCUCCACCACUGACUAUUGUAGAAUCACCUGCUUCUCCAGUAAUGGAUUCUCCAGCAUCCCCUACUUUAGAGUCUCCUGCUUCCCCCAUCAUGGAGUCCCCUGCAUCCCCAACUCCAGACACUUCUAUAGCUGCUUCACAAAAGAGAGAAUAUACACCAGUUGUAAUUCCAGCUGUCUCCACAGUCACAAUUACAAGGCGUGACCCCCGCACGGCGGCAAACAGGUUCUCUGCUUCAUCCAAUAGCAUCUCUCAUUCCAGUAACACAGCCCAUGACAAAGGAGCUCCUUACGUCCCUAUUAAAGAGACUACUACCUCACUUUCAGCACCAGCAUCCUCACUACCGCCGACAAAAACAUUACCUAAAUCAAUCUUAAUGAAGCCAUCUUCCACUGCAGAUCCCCGACUUUAUGGCACAUCUUCAAGGACCUCUGAAACCCCAGCUGAUUGCCAGACCAGCCAGUUCCUGGCUAAGCAAGACAUAUUGUGGAAAGGUUUUUUAAACAUGCUGAGUGUAGCCAAGUUUGUCACCAAGGCAUAUAUGGUUUCAGGAUCUGCUGAAAAUCUUAAAGCGGACCUACCUGAUACCAUACAAAUUGGGGGACGAAUCAUGCCUGAGACUGUGUGGGACUAUGUUACAAAGCUAAAGACCUCUCUUACUAAGGAGUUAUGUGUGAUCCGGUUUCAUCCUGCAACAGAGGAGGAAGAAGUGGCAUAUGUCUCGUUGUUUUCAUAUUUCAGCAGUAGACGUCGUUUUGGUGUGGUUGCUAAUAUUAGCAAUUCCAUCAAGGAUGUCUACCUUGUUCCACUCAGUGCAAAGGAAUCAAUCCCAUCCAUACUGCAACCUCUUGAAGGACCAGGACUUGAAAAAAACCGGCCUAAUCUUCUUCUGGGUCUGGCAAUAGUCCAAAGGGCAAAACGUCCAGGAUGCCUGCCUCAGGAAACUGAAGAGACGAGACCCAGAGUUCACAUGUCCAAAGACCCUAUGUGGAUACCAAAACCACCUGUCCUCUAUGGUUCUGACAAAUUGGAGAUAUUCCAACCCUAUGAUCCAGAGACUCCUGUUAAUAUCACUCCUCCUGCCUCACCACCUUGCCCUGGGUCACCAUCCGACUCUUCCUCCUCUGGUUCGGUUACCAUGCCCUCUGUUUUGACUUUAGCUAGAGCGACUCCCCCUGUUUCUACCUCAGCGACUGUUGCUGCCACACAGUCCACUUGCAGUAGCAUCUCUGACAAGGAUCUCAAAACAUCAUCCAGUGAUAAGACACCACUAAACACUAUCUUGAAGACUUUGUUUGGCAAUAAGCAGUCUGACUCCACUGUCUCAUCUGAUGGAAAUUCUGCAAAAACAACAGUAAGUGCUAAGAAGAUGCCAGUGUUUAGUCAGGUGUCUAGAACAAUGGUGGAUCCAAUUGUCCAACAGUAUGGACAGAAAUCUAGAAUCAAAGAGAUAGAAGUAGAGGAAAGUGAACUUGAUCGACCAUAUGACCCAGAAGAAGAGUAUGAUCCAACAUUGGGAUUUGAAACAGUUGCUCCACAGACCAUGAAAAAAAUGAUGGUAGAUGACCCCACAUUAUCAGGCAUUGUGGAGGAUGAUGUGGCCUAUGAUCCAGAGGAUGAGACUAUCUUUGAAGACAUUCAGAGUGGUAUUGCUGUAAAAAGGCCCCCUGUUCCAACUAAAACAUUAGAUCCUUCAUUAGGUCCAACAGAAGCUCCCUCUUCUACUCCAGCACAAACUUCUGUCCAAGCUGCAGUAAAGUCAACCCUUCCUGCAGGCACUGUGGUUGUCUCAGCUGCAACACUCAGUGAACAACAGCGAAUGCUUGAGGAGCUCAAUAAGCAAAUUGAAGAGCAAAAAAGACAGUUGAAAGAGCAGGAAGAGGCACUACGUCAGCAGAGAGAGACUGUGGGUAUGUUCAUGGCUCAUUUUUCUGUUUCGGAUUCCCUGAUGUCACCCCCAUCAAAAUCUUUGCCCCUCAGCCAAUUGUCAUCACUGCAGAGUGGCAUAAUGCGAACAGACUCAAAGCUUUCAGAUUCAACAGGCAGUACUGCCAACCUUACAGAGACUGUGGAAAAUUCAAACAUGGAUUCACAAAUUGUUAAGCUGGAAGACACAACUGCUGUCCAUAAUUUAAAAAAUGAUACGGAAACUGUUGCAGAGCAAGAUGAUACACAGGAAAAUAUUGAGAAAUGUGACAAAUACUCCUCUGCUGGAGAGAUUGAAGAUUCUGAUGUGGCCUAUGAUCCUGAAGAUGAAUCACUUUUUAAUGAAAUUCAAGAGGAUGUCUUUAAAGGCACAAGUAUAAAGGCCAGUGAUUCUUUGUCAAGAGCAGGGCAUAGUGAUGGUCACAAAGGUACGUCUCCGAAUUCAUACCACAGUAGAAAGCGAAGGUCAUCACCAAAGAGGCGAAGUCAUCGUGAAAGGGACCACCAUAGAAGUCCUUCAAGAAAGUCACAGCGACGUUCUCCUUCACGCUCCCGGCGACGUCGAGACAGGGAUAGACACAGAAGAAGUGAAAGGGACAGGUCAAGGCACCGAGUUAGAGAUCCAUCGGAAAGGCAGGGACGCCAUCAUAAAGACCAUAGUACGCGCCGACAUUCCCAUGGACGUAGAAGGUCCCCGUCAUCUCCUCGAAAAAAAGAUUCUGUGUCCCUUUCUCCGAAGCCGCACAGAGGACCCUUUCCUCAAGUCCUUGAAAAAUCAAAACAUGCAACUGCUCUGGACUCUGUUGUUGAACAAUUUGUAGAGAGUAACACAUCAUCUUUGCCAGCUACUGUUAAAAAAGAUCUUAAUGGACCUCAGUUAGAAUGUAGUCUUGUUGAGAGCACUGAAAAAGAUUUUACUUCUUGUUUACAAGUCAAGCUUGAGCCUUCAGAACCACCAAAAUUUCAGGAGCUCCUAAAAAAUUCCACUCCACAUCCUUCACUCAGCGGGUCUUCUACACAGGUGGAUAAACCCUCUCAACAAGAAACUCUGCACAAAAUCAAAAUUGAAAAUACAGUUCCACUAAGAGAAAUUGAUCCACCCAUUCGAGAUUCUCCUCAGAGCCCUGAUCCAGAACCACAGUUUGUGAAACCUAACAACAUAGAAAUGCAUGACUUUAAGAAUGAGGAAAUCCAAGGCCCCCCGGAGCAUACCAGUGUCCCAUUGCCAUUUGGUCAAGCUGAAAAUAAUUGUCUGUCCAUUGGUGGUCAAGCAACAUUGUCCAGUAACUUGUGUUCUGCUGUUGGAGAGCCUGUAUCAAAUGCAAGGAACUUACUUUUUAGAGGUGUAGAUCUAAAAGUCCCUGGUGACAGAGGCCAGUGUUUGAUAAAGAUAGAAAAUCAGAUGUUACCAGAAAAUCCUGGCUUAAGAGACCCUAAAAGGUCGAGUCAAGGGGCAGGACAUCCAAAUCCAACUACACACUCAGAUACACAGAGUAUGAGUGUUCCAGGGAUUACAAAUCCAAGAUCAGAUAUGAAAGAAACUGGACAUAAGGGGCCACAGAUAGAUUCAGUAAUCCAUGGUCAUUUACCAGGUAAGCUUGUUCCUGAUAAUGGAGGCCCAGGGUCAAGGGAUCCUUUUUCAGCAAUGUAUAAUUCGAAUACAGAUUCAAGGGCACCAGUUGUAGCUGAUGAGAGAACCCAAAAUGUUAGUUGUCCUGAGAAAAGUUUACAGCGUCUAAAAACAGAGGAGACCAGAUCACAGGUAGAAAAUUCAGAUGUCAAGGCUGAUGCGAUGAAAAUAGGGAUAAAGCAAUCAUUUGGAGGUCCACAGUUAAAAGACUGCCUUCCAGAUAUAGGAGAAAGAGGACAAAAAGACAGAGAUGAAAGUCAGCAUUCUGAGGCUUUGAAAUCUGACGUGACGGGUGGGGGUGUAAGAGAUGUGAGUACAUCUUCUUUGGGCUCAAGAAGAGUUCAAAGGCAGUCAAGGCACGAUGGCAGUCCAGCUUUAGAAGAAAGGGGCUCCCAGAAUAGAGGCUUUCAGCCAUGUGAAAGAGAUGUACACUUGAGCAGGGUAGCCGGUGUUCGAGAAUGGAGUUUUGAUUCAAAUACAUCUAUAGGCUUGGAGGGAAGACCUCAAAUGGUAGAUAGAUCAGCAACAACAGGUGAAAAACAGGGAGCACAAACAAAUGUGCAUAUGAGAGCGCCAGGACCAAACCUAAAUUAUAAAAAUGGUGAACCUAGCAUGUCUUUCUUUGGACAAGAGGUCCCACAGCAAGAUGUAAGGUUAACAAGGAGUGUAUGUGGCCCUGACACAAGAGAAUCAGAAACUAUCCAUGAAAGAGGAAGGCCAGAUAUAACUGGAAUAAAUCAUAAGGGACCUAGUCAAGAUGUCUGUGGCAUAGGGUGUACAGAUACAAGAGUUGAUAGAAGAAGCUCAGGUAGAGCUAGUGGAGAAACAGGCUCUAACAGGAGGAAUGCUGACAUGCAAGAACGAAAUACACAAAGUCAAAAUCUAGAGAAGAGAAAUGAACAAAUGGGCCCAGAAGUCAGAGACAUGCCAAACUUUACAAAUCCCGAUUGGAGAGGUCCAGGACCAAGUGUUGUUGGUCCUGAUAUAAGAGGCCAGAGGAAUCCAAAAGAAGGCCUAGGUCCACAUAUGAGGGACCCAGAUUGGAAAGGCCCAGGAUUGGACAUAAGAGGUAAUUGGAGACCAACAGAGCCAGUCAGAGUAGGGUCAUUUAUGCAAGACGACUGGAGAGCCCAUCAGUCUGAUAGGCCAGGUCCUGACAAGGAGAGCCAGGGGCCUGAGAAAAGAGAUGUUGGAGGCUUGGAAUUUAGACAACCAGGGCUUAAAAUGAGAAGUCCAAACAUGCAGGACCUGAGGCAGGAUAGAAGAGGACCAGGAGGUCCGGACUUCCCGGGACCAAGACCUGAAAGGAGAGGUUCUGACAUGGAGGUCCCCGUGCAUGACAGGAGAGAACACAGAGGUCCAGAUUCCAUAAGAUCCGAAUGGCAAGGUACAACUAAGGACAGUAAAGGACCUGGCUUGAGAGUGCCAGGAGGUCCACAAUUUGUGGGACAGGGACUUGAAAAUAGGGGUGUAGCCGAGGAGGGUAUUGGGCCUGACAGAAGAGGAACUGAGGGUCCACAUUUCAGAGGUUCAGGCCCUGAGCAGAAGGUUCCUGCUCUAGAGAGCCAAGGCCCUGACACAAGAGGGCCAGCAGGUCCAGAUUUCACAGGGCCCUGGCCUGCAAGGAGAGGUCCAGAUGUGAUUGGUACAGGGCCUGAUAGGAGAGGACAAAGAGGUCCAGAUUUCAGAGAACCAGGUUCUGAAAAGAGAGGUCCUACCUUGGAGAUUCCUGGAACAGACAGGAGAGGACAUGGUCCAGGUUUCAGGGUACCAGGGCCUGAAAACAGAGGCUCAUCUAUGGAGGCUUCUGGACCUGAGAAAAGAGGACCUGUUGGUCCAGACUUCAGUGACCCAGGGCCUGAUAGUAGAGGUAGAACAGAUUUUUGGGGACCAGGGUCUGAAAGGAGUGGCCAUCCUAGAGAUAGACCAGGACCUGAAAGGAGAGGCCCCACCAUUGAGGGUCCAAGGACUGACAGGAAAGGACCUGGAGGUCCGGAUUUCAGAGCACCAGUUCCUGAAAGCAGGGAAUUACCGGUGGUAGGUCUAGGGCCUAACGGUAGAGGUCAAGGAAGACCACAUUGUAGAGAGGGUCCAGGGCCUGACAGGAGAGGUCCAGACUUCAGGGGAUCAUUGGUGGAAAGACUAGGUCCUGGCACGGAUACAUCAGGGCUCAACAGGACAGGGUCAGGAGGUCCAAAAAUGGGUAGACCAGUGUUUCAGCAUGCAGGUCCAAAUACAGAGGGUCUAGGGCCAGAAAGGAGAGUUGCAGAAGGUUCAAACGUUAGGGAAUCAGGGCCAGAAAGAAGACCUCCAGAUAUGGAAAGUCGACAGUCAGAUAGGGGUGGACCACACUUCAGAGGAGUGGGGCCUGAUGCAACUGUUAUGAGGGGUCAAUGGCCCACUACAAAAGGUCCACGAGGUUUUAUUGCAUCAGGUUGUGAAAGUAGAGUUCCAGACAUUGAGGGUCAAGGUCCUGAUAGACAAGAACCAGCAGGCUCAAGCUUCAGAGAAUCUGGGCUUGAAGGGAGAGAUGUAGAGGGCCCAGGACCUGACUGGAGAAUAUCAAGUGAUCCAAACUUUCAAGGUCCAAAUAUUGAAGAUGUAAGACAUGAAGGCAGAGGUGACUGGGAAGGGUCUGACCCUCUUUGGGAAAGCCCAGGUUUAGAGGUCCCAGGAUUUGAUAGACCAGGUCAGAAUUUUAGGGGUUCAAGGCCUAUGAGGAGAAACUUUAGAGGACCACGGCCAAACUGGGACCGGGGCUGUGCACCUAAAUGGAGUGGCACAGGCACUGAGGAGCAAUGGUCAGAUGGAAGAGGGCCCAAUAUGGAAUUAGGAAUUGAAAGAGAAUUUUCAGAAGAUGAUUGGGAAAGAGAUGGCAGUUCAGGGCCUAUCCAAGAAUGUUCAGAUGAGCAGGGCCAAGAACAUAGUAGACAAAGUCUUUGUACUGGAUGGAGGGGCCGUGGAAGAAGGGGGCCAGGGCCCGUACAGGACAAACCAAAUAUAUUUCCAGGACAUGAAUGGAAUGGCCCUGGUUGCAGGCGUCCAGGGCCUGUUCAGGAUAAUCAAGAUAUGGGAUGCCCAGGGCCUAGUAGGGGAGGACAUGUAAAUAAAUGGAGAGAGCCUAAAAGAGGUGGUACAGGGACAUUUUUUAGAGAGGAAAGAGAUUCACACAAUAGAGAAACAGAAUCAGAUACACAAGGGCAUCCAGAUAUGGAGGGUGAUUGGAGGCAGCCAGACUUCAGGGGACGUACAAGAAUGCCAAACGUUGAAAGACCUGAGGCAUAUAGGAGAGGGCCAGACUCGAUAAAUUCAUACCCGAACAGGAGAGAAUUAGGGAUAGAAGGUGUUAAUAGAAGAGGUCCAGGAGGCCCACAUGUGAGACCCCCCAGGCCUGGAAACACAAAUUUAACUCCUGAAGGUUUAGAGUCUGAAAGGAGACGUUCAGAUUGUGGGGAGUUAGGAUUUGAAAGACAUUGUGUAGACGUUGAAAAUUCUGGACCAGGUAGACAAGACUUUGAGCAGGAUUUUAGGAGGGAAAGGAGAGGUCCAAAAAUGAGAAGGCUAGGGCCUGAUGAAACAGAUAUGAGUUCAGAUUUUAGACAUGGAGCUGUUAGGUUCCCUGGGUCUGAUAGAAGAGGUCCAGACCCAAGGAGAUUUGAGCCAUCAGAUGUCAGAGGCGAGGACAUGAGGGAUUGGGAACCAGAGCAGAGGGGUCAAACAGACAGUCAUGAAAGACCAGGUCCUCAUCAAGAUACUAGUUUUCAAAACACUAGUGAUCCAUGUUCAGUACCAUUCAGUAGGUCUGUACGUCCAGGUCCAAACAGAGGAGGAAGAUCAUUCCCUGCUUUUAAUAACCAACAAAAUCAGCAACCCAUAAGACCCCAGAGACCGAGAGGUGCCUUACUUCCCACUCCAACAGAGGGUCGCAUACAUUUCCCCCACCACCCACCAGACGUAGCGCUGGGUAGAGGUAGACCAGUUAGACGACUAAGAGGGUGGGUAAGAGGACAAGGCCGAGGAAGUCCACCUAUAGGUGUAAAUAUGGGAGGAGGAGAAUCAAUGGGAGGGGACAAUUAAACUAAUAAAUGGGAUUUAAAGGGUGCACAGUAAUGAAAAUGGAAGUGACUGUCCUUUCAGACACUAAGACUGAUGUGCUAGACCUGCAGAAACCUGCCUAGCAUCACUACACUGGAUUAAAAAAAAUACUUAAGCAUAACUUCUAUUGAAUGUAUUUUUUUCCUGAAGGAAAGUGGUUUCCUUGUCUUACUGAAGUUUCGGCUUGACCUGCAGACAAAGCCAUGAGAAAAUCUGACAUUGUAACUUGUCACUGAAAUGCUCAGAGGCAGACGUAUUUGUGUUAGUUUGUUUUGUUAUAUUCAAAGUAGAUAUGUUUAAUAUGAUUUUUGAAUAUGACUAAAUUGCCGCUUAACUGUAACUGUGCAUCUGUAAAUUCAACUUCAUGUGUAUUUCGUAUUGGAAAUAGUCAGAAAUGUUUUGUACAGAAAAUGUACAGUUUCUUUGUUUUUUAACAUAGCCAUAGUGUCAGUAGAAUAACCUUAAUUAUGGCUUGUUUCACUGUUACAAUUCAAGAAAUCAAUAAAGUGACAUACCUUUUAAAAUUUG